AUGCCUAACGUUAAGAUACUGUGCCUGGAGGUCGGCGGUUCCGCUAAUCGAAUUACCGAUAUUCCAGCGAUGGAUAAUCUGGUUGUCAACUCCCCCUUUAACAGGAACUAUAUUAAUGCCCCGCAGCCCGGGAUAGGCGCGGUCUGGAAAUACCGGGUCAUUCCAGAGCAUCGUGGCAAAGGAAUUGGUGGCACGUCGCAGAUCAAUUCCAUGGUAUACAAUCGUGGUAAUCGGCUUGACUACGAUCACUGGGCCCGAGAGUAUGGGGCCGUUGGCUCGGACUACGCCUCUGUGUUGCCCUAUUUUAAGCGCUGGGAAAACAACACCGACAAAGAUAUAGUGGCGGCUAAUCAGGGAUUUCACGGCACCCAGGGCCUGGUGCAAGUCAGCAUCUGGACUGAACCUGAUCCUAUUAUCAAGAUAUACCAUGAAACAAUACAGGGUAUGGGCCACCGGGUCACCGAUAUCAAUGGGCCGGUACAGGUGGGCACUGCCAUUGUCCAGGCGUUUAUCACCGGCACCGGCCGCCGGUUUAGUGUUUCAAACGCUUAUAUCGACCCCAAUAAGCACACGAAUAAUCUCGUUGUGUUGGCAGAUGUGCUAGUCGUGCGGGUGCUGUUCACCGGUCGCACGGCUACCGGCUUUGAGUACAUUAGGAAAGGCGUGCGACAUGUGGUGAGUGCGCGCCGGGAGGUGAUUGUGUCGGCCGGCGCUAUAAACACACCACAAUUACUCAUGCAAUCGGGUGUGGGGCCGGCCCGACACCUGCUGGAGCUUUCUAUACCGGUAAAACAGUAUCUACAAAAUCACGUCCAGACCGAUAUAUACGGCUUCAUCAAAGACGAUCGUUUGUCGAAAUGUAGCCGACAACUGGACGCCAGCGCUCUAACCACUGACAACCAGUACCAGUACUUUACCAAUCCAGGAAAAGAUUGGCCAAACAUUUCGGUAGAACCACGGCUACGGUUGGCACCAACAGAGGCGUCACAAAUGGCACAGACCUACGAACGGGUAGCCGAAUGGGCUGACUAUUACCGUAACUACACGGGCAGACACUACCUGCAAAUGAUGCUUAUGUUACAACGUGUGCGGAGCCGUGGUUCACUCUACCUGAGCAGCGCCGAUCUCUACGAUUACCCCGUAUAUAGCUCACAGUUAUUGACUGAGCGCCGGGACUUUGACAACUUUGUUGAUGUGGUCAGUUGGGCACUUUAUUUGGCCGAUUGCUGGCGUUUGGCCCAGUAUAUAGAACCCGUACAGCCUGUACCCGGUUGUCACCAGUGUCCCAAAGCCAAUACCUGUACGAGUGUUACGAUUAUAUAG